AUGCCGCAUCUAACCAUCGUGGCUCCUGAGUUGGGCCAUCAACCCCACCAUCACCACCACCACCACCACCACCGGGCUGGCAGCCACCAUCACCGGCACCGAGGACCCCAGCGUGUCGAGGCUCCUGACUUCCGCUUCUGUGUCGAGCUCGGCCUGGUCAUCCGCAGCCGGAAACACAACCACAAGACGGUCGCCGGCCUCGAGGACGAGAUCAGCAGACGGCUUACCCGCGCCGGCAUCGCCAACCACGUUGCCAGCAGCCCAACCUCCGCGGUCUCCUCCAGGGAAUGGACCAUUGCCAGCGAGCUAUGCAUCCCUUCGCGGCCCCGCGACCACCACUUCGGCAUGAAGCUCGUCUCACCCUUCUUGCGCUUCUCCAAGCGGGCCGAGUCGUGGCAGGCAGAGCUGCGCACCGUAUUGCACGCCCUCAACGCCCACUUUGAACUCACCACCACCCACCAAUGCUUCACCCACAUCCACAUCGCCCCGGCCUCAGGGUUCUGGGAGCUUGACCAGGCCAAGGGACUGGCCAAGUCGUCCAUCUACUUUGAGCGCUGCCUCGACGCACUCGUCCCACCGUACCGGCGAAAGAGCGUCUGGGCCAAGAGCAACCGCAACAACCAAUACUUCUUGGGGCUUCCCAUGGCCAAAUGCUUCGACCUCAUCAAUGCCCAAACCACCUUUGAGGGGCUGGGCGCGCGCAUGAACUGGUGCAGCUCCGUCUCUCCAACAGGAAUCGCGCUGGAUGCCAAGCCCGGCGUUGACUUCCAGCACGACGCAUUCCGGUGGAAUUUUGCCGGGCUCAACGAGGGCGGCGGACUCGGCACCAUCGAGUUCCGGCAACCGCCCGGGUCGACGAGCGCGUCCGAGGUCAUUGCCUGGGUCAUGCUCGUCGGGUGCCUGGCCAGGUUGAGCUGCGGCGCGGGCGGCAGCCUCAACCCGGCCGAGAAGCCCCAGCUGAAGAGCCUGGGGGAGUGGCUGGUGUACGAGGCGGAGUGGUGCGGCAUGCCGCACAAGAGCCUGCUCAGGGACCUGAUCAAGCAGGCGGUGCCGGUCACGCUGGUGCCGGGGGAAGUGGCGGGUAUGGACGCCGAGGCCAUCACCAUUGAUGAGGACCAGCGGCUGCGGUGGAAGGCUAACGAUCGAAAUAUUGUGCUGGAUAAGUACAGAAGGCUUUUGAAGCAUUUAUGA